AUGGGUAUCAUCAAACGCAGGACCCCACCUGGACCGCGGUUCACCUUCAAAUGCAUAUGUCUCUUGACCGCCUUAUUUAGUGGAAGCGCUCUCAUAUUCAUAGUAUCAAGGUCUAACAAUACCCUGUUCUUAAUAUCAGAAGACUAUGAGGAUUUAUAUGAGAACCAGGACUAUAACGAAGAAUAUGAACCUGAAAAUACUAGCACUAUACAUACGGAGGGAUGUCGUAUACCUUUCAUGAACACAGUUGAAGAAUCAGUGCGAGAACUCAUUCCUUUAAAUUAUCCUAAUGAUAUGGAACCCUGUAAAGAGAAAGAAACAGGCAAGGACUUUAAGGAUAAAAAAGAUUUACCUUAUAACGUAUUAAUUUUAGGCAUAGAUUCUGUAUCAAGAUUAAAUUUCCACAGAACGAUGCCUAAAACAGCUGCUUAUAUGAAAGACUUGGAAGCCGUAGAGUUACAUGGAUACAAUAAAAUUGGUGAUAACACAUUUCCCAAUUUGAUAGCUGUGCUACUUGGGAAGAAAGAUACAGAACUGGAAGACACAUGUCUUCCGAACACACGGGCGUUUUUUGACAACUGUCCCUUCAUCUGGGAGAAGUUUCAGCGGGCUGGAUUUUCAACCGCCUUGGCAGAAGACAACGCUUCUAUGGGAAUGUUUGAUUUCGUGAAACGUGGCUUUGUGGGAUACCCCACUGAUUACUAUUUCCACACAUUCAUCCACCAAGCUGAACACCACGCGGGCACAAAUAAGGACAAUCAUGCUUUCUUGUGCAUGAACGAAAAAUUCUUCUUCAAAAUCCUCUUAGACUAUGUUGAAGAUUUAGCAACGACUUUGAAGAACAAAUUAUUCGGAUUCUUUUGGGAAAUCACUAUGAGUCACGGUAGAUUAAACUACCCAAUGGUAAUGGAUGACAGUUAUACCAACUUCUUUAUCAAAAUGCAUGAUUCUGGAUAUUUGAACGAAACUAUUAUCUUCUUUAUGAGUGAUCAUGGCAUGAGAUGGGGUGCGUUUCGUCAAACAAGGCAAGGAUAUUUAGAAGACAGGCUGCCAUUUGUGUUUGUCUUAUUUCCUCCAUCAUUUCGUGAAAAAUACAACUUGGCUUAUACAAAUCUGAAGUUGAACAGCCGUCGUUUAACAACGCCUUUUGAUAUACAUUCUACAUUACUUGAUCUAGUAACUUUAGAUAACAUUGAAAAUGAAAGAAUAGAUUCACGUAGCAACGAAAGUUACUCCAAUCAUCGUAACAUCAGUUUGUUUCUCCCUGUCCCAAGGAACAGGACGUGUAAAACAGCAGAUAUAGACGACCACUGGUGCGCGUGUCACAGCAGAGUGGCCGCAUCUCGUGAAAGUGUUGAAGCGAGAGAAUCUGCUGAGUUUGUUGUGUCACAUCUAAAUAAUCUUCUCAAGGAGUAUCCUCAAUGUUCUAAACUGAAGGUGGCUGAGGUGAUGAGUGUGACUGAACUAGUAUUGUCUGGAAGUGAGUAUACGAAGUGGCGUGAGUUGAGUGUGGUGGUACGGACGUCGCCGGGGGGAGGUGUGUUCGAGGCUACGGUGGGGAGGGGGGCAGGGCGAUGGUCGCUGGCUGGUGCUGUCAGUCGAUUAAACUUUUAUGGUGACCAGAGCCACUGUGUACCGCAUUAUCAACUGAGACUGUACUGUUACUGCAGUUGA